GCUCCCGUGGCGCGUGGUGUCGGCGCUGGCAGCCUCGGGCACCCUGGUGGCCGCCCCAGGUGGCGCUGUGCAAGGGCCACCCCCCAGCGGCGUCGCUGCUGCUGCUGGCAUGCGCCAACCUGCUCGGGCUGAUGGCCUUCCUCUGGGUGGAGCGCAUGCAGCGGAGAGCUUUCCUAGAAACGAGGCAGUCUCUCGAGGCCAAGCUGGUCGUCGAGGAGGAGUCACAAGAGCAAGAGCGCCUGCUGCUGUCCGUGCUCCCGAAGCACGUGGCGGCCGAGCUGAAGCAGGACCUGGACGCCGUGGUGCAGGGACCCUUUAAGAAGAUCUACAUGAGCCGCCACGAAAACGUGAGCAUCCUGUUCGCCGACAUCGUGGGAUUCACUGCUUUCUCGUCCACCUGUCCGGCGGCGCAGCUGGUGCGAACGCUCAACGAGCUGUUCGCGCGCUUCGACAAGCUGUCCGAUAAGUUCCACCAGCUGCGCAUCAAGAUCCUGGGCGACUGCUACUACUGCGUGAGCGGGGCGCCCGAGGAGCGGCCGGACCACGCGGUGCUGUGCGUCCACAUGGGGCUCAGCAUGGUCGAGGCGAUCCGGUCGGUGCGCGACCAGACCCGCAGCGGCGUCGACAUGCGCGUCGGCAUACACACUGGGGCCGUGCUCGCCGGAGUGCUGGGCCAGAGGCAGUGGCAGUACGACGUCUACAGCAAGGACGUCGUGCUCGCCAACAAGAUGGAGAGCGGCGGACUGCCCGGGCGCGUGCACAUCUCGGAGCGCACUCUGAGCUUCCUGAACGGAGAGUUCGCCGUGGGACCGGGGGACGGAGGCUCCCGAGAGGAGGCGCUGAGACUCGCAGGCCUCCAGACCUACUUCAUCACCGCGGUCCUCAAGCCGUACCCGGAGGGCACGCUGGACUACGGCAAGCAGCUAGAAGACGGACAGGUGCCCAACGCGGGCGGCGCAGGCGCCGAGGCAUCAUCAAGUGACGAAAAGGAGUACCGGCGUCGCUUGCACAAGGAGCUGCUCGAGAGAGACACCGAAAAGGAGCUACGUGACCACGCCCACCCGGUGAGUCUGUCCUUCCGCGACUCGGAGCUGGAGCGCCAGUUCGCCGGCACCAGCGACAGCUGCAGUUGCGUCUCGCUCGCCGCCUGGCCCCUGGUGGCGCUGGCAUCGGCCGCCGCUUACCCGCUGACGUCGUCGGGUCCCGCGUGCGGUGCCUACCUCGCCGGUCUAGUGGCGCUGUGUGCGUUGCUCGCACUCUGCGUGCUGCCCUUCUUCGCAAAGGCACCACCUCGUCCCAUGACCGUAGUGUCAACAGCGGUGCAGAGCAGGUCCUGGGUUCGACUGCUGGUUUCUUUUAUGGCGGUCGCGCUCUGGGCGUCACUACACUUGGCUACCACGCUCCUGGGCGUCAGCAGCGGAGGCGUCCAGCCGACCACCGUCGCCGACGAGCGGCCGGCAGGGGAGGGCUUCGCCAUGCGGUCGUUGAACACCGCUCGCCACUCCGUCAGCGUGGCGGCGCUGGCGCUGGUCGCCGUGGCGGUGCUGGUGCGGCUCAGCUACCUGACCAAGAUGGCCUUCCUGGCGCUCCUGUGCGCGCUGCAGUGCGCACUUUGCCUGCUGCCUCCUCUCAGUGAACACUUCAAGGUGGCGCCGACAACGCCGUCAUUCGAAGCCGAAGUCGUCGAGACAACCGAAGCCACCCUGACCACCGCUCUGCCAGUCGACCAGCCGAAGCUCCAGCAGCGUCUGCUAAGUCAUGCCGCUGUGCAGCUCAUCUACCUGGUUGCCAUAGGCUUGGCGUUGGCAGUCAUCUCAAGACAGUUCGAGCUCACUUCGCGGCGGCUGUUCUUGUGGCGGAAGGACGUAGAGGAGCAGAAGGAGAAGGUGGCCGACAUGCGGCGCAAGAACGAGGCGCUCGUCUACAACGUGCUCCCGCCCCACGUGGCCAAGGUGUUCCUCGGGCGACGGAGGCUCGACGAGGAGCUGUACAGCAAGAGCCACGACUCCGUGGGAGUUCUGUUCGCGGCCAUGCCCAAUUUCUCCGACUUCUACACCGAGGAGUCAGUCAACAACCAGGGGCUCGAGUGCCUUCGCUUCCUCAACGAGGUCAUCUCCGACUUCGACGCUCUCCUGGAGCAGAGUCGGUUCCGGGACAUCCUCAAGAUCAAGACCAUCGGCUCGAGCUACAUGGCGGCCAGUGGACUCAGCAAGGAGGACGAACCGAAGGCUGGUGCCAGCAUACAGGAGAGGUGGGGCCAUCUGGCGCAGCUGACAGAUUUUGCGCUCGCUCUCAAGGACACGCUCAACAACAUCAACCGCGAGAGCUUCAACAACUUUGUCCUCAAGAUGGGCAUCAACCACGGACCCAUCACUUCAGGCGUGAUCGGUGCCCGAAAGCCACACUUCGACAUUUGGGGAAACACGGUCAAUGUUGCCAGUCGCAUGGAGAGCACUGGAAAGGCCGGAAACAUCCAGGUGGUGAAAGAGACGGCCGACAUUCUGGAGACCUUCGGCUUCAUUCUCGAGCAGCGCGGCCUGGUGUCCGUCAAGGGCAAAGGCAUGCUCAUGACCUUCUACCUGCUGGGCAAGAAGCCCCCGGCCGCCCAGCAGGCGCAGCCCAGCGCCGCGGCCCCCACACACGUGCACACCAACCCACUCGCGCAGCAAGACGACGACGCGGCCGUCACCGCUGCUGCGGAGCCCGCCGCGUCGCCGCCGGACGCUAGGGCGACGACGCCGCCAUCUGUGGACGUCGCCGUGACUGCAGCCAACGGCACGGAGGCAGUGAGCACGGCUGCAGCGGACACCCUGCCGCAGCAGCUUCCCAACGGCGCAGGCCCCACGGCUGUGGCGGCGGCGAGCCCGAGCUGAGAGACGCUCUCCACGAGCCGCCAAGCCCACAGGGGCACUGACCCACAUCAUCACCAUGGUGCUACCACCCUCAGCCUCACGGCCGGCUCCAGCUGCGCGACCCGCCCUGCGGCAACCUCCCCGCUCGGCCUAAAGAUGGCCCGGGCCUUCCAAGGCGGCGGAGGCGGCAGCAGCCAACCCUUUGAGGCAUGCCUGCCCGGUGCCGCCACCUAGCGACUGAUACACCAGUGCAUCCUAUCCUUCCCGGAGGGGCGCUUCCGCCUCCAACGGACACCACACUUGGCCGGCCCCGCUUUGUAUGCACUAAGGCCGCGCCAACAGUUCCUCCAAGUAGCGGAAGCGCGUGUUGGACUGCCUUUUGGAUGAUCGGUUGGGUGCAAAGAGAAUGCUACGACCUCCUCUCGCCUGUCUUAGCUAUUCAAGAUUGCGGCCACCGGCAGCGGAGAAGUGCACAGUGUCCGCCUUCCGAAACCUACCCGACCCUCAUAGCAUGUCGACCGACCGCAAGCGCGAUGUGAACGUAAACACGCGUCCUUAAUGUUACCGUGAUUCUUUACCAUAGGGGGGAUCUGAUUCUUUUUUUUUUCUUUUUUGCUGUUUAAAAACUUCGCCGUCGAGCGAAUGAAGGACCCGUGUUCUUUGGAACAGGUUGGCAGAUACUGAAUACUGAGUGCAAAAAAAAAGUCUGACCUUCAUGUGUUCUUGCAGUGCGCCGUGAGUGUUUUGGCUGUUCUUAUUUUAAAAUGGACUUGUGCGUGCUUCUGCCUUCGGCAGGUCUCUACGAGGUUGUUGAAGUUGAUUGUUGUCAUUGCUUUCUUGUACAUUGUUAUCAUCUUGACUUUACAUGUUCUCUGCCCUUUCUUAGGAGGAUGGUUUACGUUGACGUUGCCGGUUUCAUUCACUAAUGCGAGAAAAAUAAUGUGUUCCUGUUCAGUUUUCAACCCGUAAGCGAUAACAUCUCUGAAUAGACGCACAUUGGUGUAAGCACUUAAGUGCUGGAUGACUAUCGGCUUCUGUACAGCCACUUUGGAGCGUCACUGCCUGUCAAUAGCAAAUUAUGCCCCAGUUUAAUUAUACCUCAUGCUUCGCAUUUACACCACUCGCGCACGCGUCAAAGAUAAAUCCUGCUGUUGUCGUAAUACGAAGCGGCACAUUUGCUUGCAGGUAAGUUUACUCCUUCAGAAAGAGCGGUAAUGAUAGCGAAUUGGUUUACCGUGGAAGAUGACGAACCUCCCGCGCAGGACAGCGUUGGUCACUGUCUUCAACUAUUCGCUGGGUGGCUCCGUUGUUCUUUUCCUCUGUAGGUUGUGUUUUAAAUUGCAAUUGCACAAUUGCGCCUCGUUAAUGAAACUGAACAUCGUCGCUUCAAGUUGAAGUAUACGACGGUCGCGGGCUUCCCGUAGUGUUUGACACGCAACCUCCAUUUGCACACGUCCCAUAGAUGUAUAGGACACUGAUACGCAGGUUCGGCGUAUCAG